AUGUCGCUAACCGGGAUCAACACCUUUGAACAGUUUGGGGUCGCAGACUUUGGGCUAGGGAGCAAUGGCGCCAAGAUAACCCUCAACUAUUUUGACGGGUGGCCAGAGGCCUCUCUGCUGGAUUCCCUUGGGGCCGCUCAAUUGAAGCUGAUGUUCAAGUCUCUGAGUAAACGAGACGAGAAGACUAAGGAGAAGGCGUUGGUGGAGCUGCUCAGGUUUGUGCAGGGCGGUGCAGAGUGUACGGACUCUCUGGACGACAUCUUCUUCAUCUGUUGGUCGCAACUUUACGCGAAAUGUACAGUCAACGAGUCGAAGUUAAUACGGGCGCAGGGCCACCAUAUCACCAUUUUGCUGAUAGAUUUGUUCAAGAAGAAGAUGGCUCCCUUCUUGAAGGAUUUGAUCCCGCUCGUUUUGCUAGGGUGUAUCGACGCGGACACAUACGUAAGCAAGACUUGCUGUUCAGAACUCAGAGACUGCUUCAACAACGACCCGCAAAAGAUAGACGCCCUGUGGAUUUUGUUCCAUGAACAGAUUUUGAACCUAGUGCGCCAUAUUGUCACGAUCGAGUCCCCAGACACGCUUCUUGACGAGAGGUACGUCACACGGGAAGAGGCAGAGUUCAACUACAAUAGGCUCGCGUUUGGAGCAGUUCAGUUGCUGAUAAACCUGCUCGGCAAUAACCCCGAUUCAUUCGGCCAGUACAGGGAACAGUACCAACUGCUGCUUAACGACGAUAACCUGUGGAAGUGCUUCAACUUGAAAACUACGUACAAUUCAAAGCUGUUUGAGGCUAUAUUGAAACUGAUAGCAGUUCUAUACGAAAUGGGUUACCUGAGAAAGAACAAAGAGAUAUUGAAACUAGCAGUUCGGAGAUUAUUUAAGGCAAUGACAGCAAUCAACUCCAAAAAUAGCAUUAAAUUUGCCCCCAUCGUCCCCCCGAUAUUAAAUAUCUUGACGCUGCUGGAUACCUACAAGGAGGGGAGAAUUUGGAUGUACGACAAAAACUCCAAGGAUAAACUGAUCAGUCUGAUCUCCGUAUCAUACUCAACCGCCUCGCUCGGAUUCUUCACGGCAAUGUGCAACCUGUACCAGCAGACGUCGAUCCAUCAGCUACUAGAUUAUGAGGUGGAAUGGCUGCCCCUGUGGCAAAAGAGUCUGAAGACUUUGAAUGCAAAACCGUUCCUUGGAAGAAACGGGCUGGAGAUCCUCGAGGAGUUCUGGAACAACUACCUCAAGUUCUUGGCGGAUUCCGGAGAUGACGACAUCAAAAGUAUCAUUCAAAAUGAUAUGUUGAAAACGGCGGAAAGUUCGGUCCGUUUGAAACAAUCGAAAGUGCUAACCUUGUUGUUCGCUGCGCAUCUGACCCCCAACAGACUAGUCACCUGCAUCGAGGAAUGUUGCAGCUUGAAAAACUUUUCUUCGAAAAAUUUCGAAAAUUACAUCACACUGUUAGCUAGCAUUCCAAACAACGAAAACGUUCUGGUCACAUUGGCCCAAUGGUCGUACGAUACCAUAUCUAGUGGCUCCCCCGCCGUAGUGGAAAACCAACCUCAUUUUUUUUCGCUUUUCUCCUUCUUCUUGAACACGGGCGCACCAUGUCUCGCUGAAGAGAUUUCCAAAUUUGUUUACGAGAUCCCGGUCCUAGUAAAGGACUCCUCGUAUGGCAAGUUUGCAGACUGCAUCAUUCUCUACUCAAAUUCAUCCUUUGUUGGAAUGAACGAUAAGUGGAAGGAAUCGAUAACAGAUUUUUUCACCUGUGCAUUUUCCAUCAAAGUCCCAAACGAGAAAAUUAUAGACACUUUGAACAGACUCAACCCUGACGUUUUGAAACAGCUUUUGGAAUUUCCUGAUGCUGGAGAGAUAAACGCAUUUAUCACGAGCUACAUCGAAACGUAUGCUUUCAACGAUGGCGGCGCACUCUUGAGCUCACCACUGGUUUUUAAAAACAAUAUCUCGCUGCUGUAUGAAAGUGCCGUUGCAAACUCGCGAUUUGACUUGUUCUGUGAGAAGAUGGGUGAUUUGAAGGAGGGUGUCAAAUUCGAACUGUUUGAGAAAACUGAUUUCCUGCAUAAGGCUAUAUUCGUCGCAUCAGAGUCCUUGGUUGAUUCUUUGUUUGUCACGGCUAUAUCCUUGGCCAGAGAGCAUACGUCUAUCGCAAAUAAGCUGGCCAACACAAUAAUCGAUUACGUCGAAACUUCAAAAGAUGCCACCAAACAUAUGGAAAGACUAUUACGCUACACCAGUGAUCUCAUUUCUACGAACAUUGACGUUUUACCAAUCUUCAUACCUUUGAACCUAGAGACCAAGUUUUAUACAAAAGUGCCGAAAUUGGACUACAGGGUUUCCCUAUCCAACAGUUUCGGUAUCAACUCACAUUUAUUAAACGGUUCCACCUCUUCCAUGGACUUGGCGCUUAUUAAAAGGUUCCUGAAAUACUCUCUGUUUUUGGAUAGCCUAGUCACCAAACUGCCAUCAUACCUAGAUUCACAUGUCAUAAUGGGUCUAACGCUGCUAUCUGAAUUGGCAAUCGAUUACAACUACCUAUCUGACGAUCCCUGUCAGGAGUUUUUCAAUUUGAAACACACCUUAUUCAAUAAUAUCGACGAGUUCAAGUUAUCCUUUCACAAGAUCAUCGAGACCUUGGUUGGUACCCCGCCGGAGAACUUGAACACUUUGAUCCAAGUCCUAUUUACAGGAGCACACCCGGUUAUUGUCUAUUACAAGUCUCGGAUUUUGUAUAGGAUAUUGAUAAAUGAGGUCGAUAGUAUCUCCAAGAAAACGCUAAUUGAAUUGACCCCACUGCUCGAAAAAUUCAUCACUGGCGUAGUCAGGGACGAAAAAUCUGAUGAUAAAUCUUAUCUGAACUCUGCCAUCUUGUUAUCCGUUCUCACCAAGCUGAACACGGACCAAUCUAUGGUUAAACUAAGAACUCUUUUGGCAUCUGAGUGUAUUGGUGUUAAGGGACCUGAUCUCAUUUCGAAAACCUAUAAAACUUUGAUACUGUUGACUAAUAUCCUGGCUAUCGACAGUGCCGACUGUGUCAAAGAUGAUUUUGUGCCUUUGGCGGCACAAAGAAUGAAUUUGGUUUUGAACACUAUGAAUGAUUGGAUGGACAGUGAUAUCGCGUACGAUCCACCUUUUGUCGUUGUGAGAACUGCUCUUUUGAGGUACUUCUCGUUGGUUUUAAAGUUCCCUGCUAUAGUCCACGAAAUGCAUGAUUCAUUGAUGAGAAGCUCCAAUAGGUUACUUUUGGACAGUCUGAGUAUGUGUCAGCUGGAGGAUACGGCAUACAUUUUUGAACUACGUGCCAGCUGUGUGGAACUAUACGCCAUAUUGGAAGCAGAGAGUAUGUGUUCAGAGGACUACAGUGAAGAUAUAAAGGAGUCAAUUUUGGAAUUGACUUUGAUCGACUUCCAGUCAGAAGCUGAUAAUCAAGUGUCGUCGGUAUUCUACCAAAAGUUGAAUAAAUCCCUGCAGAAUGUUGAAUUGAAGGAACUUUUGCCUCAUUUCGAGCGAAUUUUCGAGAAAUACCUGAAAGAAGGUAUGCACAAUGUGAACCAAACUAGAGUCUUCUUGGGGUUAUUGGAAAAAUUGAUCUAUGCCAAGCAACAAGACGCGGUUAUUGAGUUUGAAUUGAAAAGCGGGCACAUCUCGAGCGAGUCAGAAAAUCCAGAUGACGAUGAAGAGAUCGCUGCUGAUGACGCUGCGUAUAAACUCCCAUACGCGUUGCUUGGAAAUUUGGCAAAGCAGACACCCCACGAGUAUUUGGAAUAUGAGGAUAAAUAUAGGUUUAUCAAGUACCUAUGGGAUUGGACAAUAGCGUUAAAGUACUUCCAAGAUGUGUCUUACAAACUUCGCCAAAUUUACAUCGAGCAAUUGAGGGACAGUAAUUUAAUCAACAAAAUGUUCGAUUUCAUUGCCGAUCAAAUCAAUUUGGAAGAUACCAAAUUUUGGAAGGAAUUGCCCGUUGAUCAAAUUAGUGGUUACGCCUUGGAUAGUACGCAGUUUGCACCAUACCAGGAGGAUAUUUUCAACGAAUGCAGAGUCCUGCUUGGUCACAUCAUGUACGAUAUGUUCAACAAGGUAGGUGCACUAACGAGCAAUUGGUUCCUGAAUAUCAAGGAUAGGUCUUUGCAACUCAAGAUCGAAAACUUUGUGUCUCAAUUCAUCUCUCCAAUUUUAGUUGCCGAGGAAUUGACUGCUGUUGAAAAUAAAAUGGGUCAACUAACCUCCAAGGACGACGAUUUGACUAUCAAGAUCAACCCUGUCGUACAAGAAGUCAAGGCGAGCUACUUGAUCGAUGAGCAGAAGCUACAAAUUUCCUUCAAGAUCCCGAAAAACUACCCACUGACCAAUAUACAGGUCGUCGGUGUCUCUCGUGUUGGUAUCAGCGAGCAGAAGUGGAAGCAGUGGAUCAUGUCGACGCAGCAUGUGAUCACGGCAAUGAACGGGUCCGUCCUGGACUCGUUAGAGCUAUUCACCAAGAACGUCCACUUGCAGUUUUCAGGGUUUGAAGAGUGUGCAAUCUGUUACUCCAUUCUACAUGCCGUGGACAGGAAGCUACCUAACAAGACGUGUCCAACGUGCAAAAACAGAUUCCACGGCGCGUGUUUGUACAAGUGGUUCAGAUCAUCAGGAAACAACACUUGUCCACUGUGCCGUAACGAAAUUCCAUUCAGAAGAUAA